CUACGAGGCUGUGUCUUUAUCCCUCGGAACACGGGCACCCCACAGAGGGUCCUGCCUCCUGUGGUCUGGAGCCCCCCCUCGAGGAAGAAACCUGUGCUGUCUGCUCGCAACUCCACGAUGUUUGGACACCUCAGGCCCCUGAGGAUCCCUUGUCUCAGAGGCAAGUUUAACCUUCAACUUCCUUCAUUAGAUGAGCAGGCGAUCCCAGCCAGGCUCCCGAAGACGGAGAUGAGGGCAGACAAGCCCAAAGAGGCAACGGAGGUGAAAGACCAGGUAGAGACCCAGGGGCAGGAGGACAAUAAAAGGGGCCCCUGUGGCAAUGGGGAAGCAGCCUCCACCUCUAGGCCCCUGGAGACUCAGGGAAACCUCACUUCCUCCUGGUACAAUCCCAGGCCCUUGGAGGGAAACGUCCACUUCAAGAGCCUGACAGAAAACAACCAGACUGACAAGGCCCAGGUGCAUGCAGUGAGUUUCUACUCCAAGGGCCAUGGAGUCGCCAGUUCACACAGCCCUGCUGGAGGCAUCCUUCCCUUUGGGAAGCCUGACCCACUUCCAACAGUGCUCCCUGCCCCAGUUCCGGGCUGCUCCCUGUGGCCAGAGAAGAGGGCCUUGAAGGUGCUGGGUAAAGACCACCUGCCCAGCUCUCCAGGCUUGCUGAUGGUGGCGGAGGACAUGCAGCCCAAGGAUCCUGCAGCUCUUGGAUCAAGUAGGUCUUCUCCACCCAGAGCUGCCGGCCACAGUUCCCGCAAAAGAAAACUGUCGGGGCCACCGCUGCAGCUGCAACCGACCCCUCCCCUGCAACUGAGGUGGGAUAGAGACGAGGGGCCCCCACCGGCUAAGCUUCCAUGUCUAUCUCCUGAGGCACUGUUGGUGGGUCAGGCUUCCCAAAGAGAAGGACGCCUCCAGCAGGGCAACAUGCGUAAGAACAUGAGGGUGCUAAGUAGAACAUCAAAAUUCAGGAGACUAAGAGAGCUGCUUAGGAGGAGAAAGAAGAGACGGCAGGGCAGGCGUGGUGAACCACGCCUGUAA